UAUUUUCCUCUCCCAUGGAAUAUUCCUCUUUAACCAACCCAACUCACCGUAAUUUCUUCUACUAUUUCUAUUCCAUCGUUCGAAUCUUCCCCUAAUUUCCAGCUCAAAUCCUUAUAUUGUUUACCUUACUGCUGGUUUCCUUGUUCAAGGAAUUUCAAAAGCUAGCGGAAUCGACGAUUCCUCGUUUCCUGGCACGCGAUUAUUGAGGUUUCAUGUUCAAAUUUCUUUACAUCUUUGCCUAUGUGAUACGGGUUUUGGAUGUUGUAGAAGGAAAUAUGAUAGGGUGUCGCUGUUUGUCCUAUUUAAGUUAGCUCUUCGAGUUUUUGUGGGAUGUGACCUAUCUUCCAAGAGUCUAUUGGGGCUAAAUCUGAUAAAUGCAUGGAUAAGAAGCAACAUAUCGCAAUAUUUACUACGGCAAGCCUUCCAUGGCUAACCGGGACUGCUGUCAACCCUCUGUUUCGUGCAGCAUAUCUUGCAAAAGAUGGUGGGUGGAAAGUUACUUUGGUUAUCCCAUGGUUGAAACUGGAGGACCAAAAGCAUGUGUUUUCCAAUAAUAUCACAUUUGAAUCAGCUUCAGAACAAGAAACUUAUGUGCGCCAGUGGCUUGAUGAAAGGACUGGAUUCAGCUCAAGUUUUGCAAUACGGUUUUACCCAGGAAGAUUUUCCUUACAUAAAAGGAGCAUCAUCGCUCUAGGAGACAUUACUGAAGUAAUUCCUGAUGAAGAGGCAGAUGUUGCUGUUCUUGAGGAGCCUGAGCACCUGACAUGGUAUCAUCAUGGGAAGAGAUGGAAAAUAAAAUUUCGACUGGUUGUAGGAGUUGUUCACACAAAUUAUCUCGAAUAUGUGAAGAGAGAGAAGAAUGGGCUGUUCCAAGCUUUUUUGCUGAAAUAUAUGAACAGUUGGGUUGUCGACAUAUACUGCCACAGGGUGAUCCGACUGUCAGGUGCUACACAAGAGCUUCCAAGAUCUGUUAUUUGCAAUGUCCACGGAGUGAAUCCAAAGUUCCUUGAAACUGGCAUGAAAAAGAGAGAGCAACAACAGAAUGAGACCCAACCCUUCACCAAAGGUGCAUAUUACAUUGGAAAGAUGGUCUGGCACAAAGGCUACAAGGAGCUUCUCCAACUCCUAUCUGAUAACCAGAAUGAAUUAACGGGCAUUGAAGUUGAUUUGUAUGGCAGUGGAGAGGACUCUGAUCAAGUUGAAGAAACUGCAAAAAAACUGGAAAUAACAGUCACGGUUAACCCUGGGCGUGAUCAUGCUGAUCCCUUGUUUCACGACUACAAGGUGUUCUUAAAUCCUAGCACAACCGAUGUAGUCUGCACAACAACAGCUGAAGCAUUGGCCAUGGGCAAAAUAGUUGUGUGCGCAAAUCACCCCUCAAAUGAUUUCUUCAAGCAAUUUCCAAAUUGCCGAAUGUAUGAUGAUAGUGAAGGCUUUGUGAAGGAAACACGCAAAGCAUUGCAAGACCAGCCUGCUCCACUGACAGAUGCUCAAAAACACGAGCUCUCUUGGGAUGCAGCUACAGAAAGGUUCCUAGAAUCUGCAGAGCUUGAAAAGACAGUAAAAAAAUUGGAGAAUAAACCCUCAAAGCUUUAUAUGUCAACAUCCUUCAGUUUGAAGAAUAAUCUUGAAGAUGCUUCUGCAUUGCUUCAUUAUGUUGGUACUGCACUCGUGAGUAAGGAACCCGACGAAGAGCAAAGUAAACAGGUUGGCUUGUCGGUUCCUCCAAAGGAAAAGUCAUAUCCUUCAAGAAAAUGGGCUUUCUGAUGUCGGAGAUUGCCCGUGGCUGUCGAAGUUCUUCUUGCUGCCUUGACAAUCUGCUUAGUUUGCUCUGCUUAAGAUUUGGCAAGAUUUCAGCUUUAACUGUUAACAAAGAUUGCAUAAUCUAGGGAUAGUUGACAAAACUGAUUUCUUUUAUGAAGUUUCCUUUCCCUCUUUGUCUAUUUUGUUGAUGUUCCUUGGAAGGGAUGAUGGUUUUUCCAUUUUUAUUUAUAAUAACAAGUCAAUGAUAAUGACCUGUACUA